AUGUCUCGUGCGAGGGCGGUACCUCUCAGCGUAUCCUUCGACGCUUACAGCGAUGAUCUAGACUCGGAAUGUUUCAAGUACGUCAGAGAAAAUCUGCACCGCUGCAAGCAUCUCCACCUCGACGCGCCUGCACACAUGAUAUCCUCGCUUAUGAGCGGGUCAUUCCCGCACCUGGAGACUGUACGACUUCUCAACCGCUACAAGGAACAAACACUGGCACUCGAGGGUGUCUCACUGUCCUCAUCUGCCCCAAGAAUUCGACUGGUCUAUUUGAAGGGCAUUAGCCCCGACGUCAACGUCAAGUCUUUUAACUGGUCCUGCGUCACAGAGCUUAUCCUUGACGUGACAGGUGUGGCUCUUGUUCCUUGCAUGGCCAUCAUUGCCGAGUGUACCAGCCUUCACAUUCUGCGACUGAUCAUGGAGAGCCUCAGGGAGGAAGAUGCGAAGCCUUGGUUUGAUGACAAGGACGGGCCGAGGCCCCGAUACGAGAAACUGCAUACCCUGGAAGUCAAGGCGUGGCACAGCUACGGUGACUUCUCAGUAUUCAUUUGGUGGCUUCUCUUGCCUGCUUUGCGCCGGUUAAAGUUGUCCGGGUGCUUCAUGCUUUACCCUUACCUCUUGGAGAUGAUUCCAAGGGAUGGAUGCAUGCUCGAGGAGCUGCUCGUGGACCUUGAUGCACCGGAACCAUUUGCCACCGAGGAGGAACAUCUGCUAAAGUUGUUCGAGUCCUUAUCAGAACUGCGGUCACUCGAACUAAUUGGAGGUAUUCCCGAUGCGUUCCGCACGGAUAUUGCCAAACGCCUGACAUUCAAGCCUGGACACCCUCGGAAUGAUUAUCUUCUUCCGAAGGUAGAGUCGAUGAAAAUUUAUGGCCUCCGCGGAUGGGCCAGUUACUGGGAUAUCCAAAGAAUGCUUGAAUCAAGAAGCGAACUAGUUAGCGAGGGGGCGCCAGUGACCCGGUUGAAGUGCGCAGAGAUCAAAACGUGUGGACAUUCGCAGAAACACCAAUGGAACCUGAACGCAGAUGGGCACAUCUAUCAUAAGGGAUGCCAUAUUGAAUUCGACGGUGUCCGGGCUUUUGUUCCUGCCUGUGAACCACAACCCCCCAGUGAUGAAGAUGAAGUGGCACCUUCGAUAUUGGCCGUCACGCCUCAUCCUCCCUCUGAAAUGGACUUGCGGUAA